UCGCUCACUGAUUCACUCUAUCGGCGUGUUUGAGGGGACGGGUAGUUGGAGUAAGGAGUCGCCGGGCGGUAGUGCAUCACUAACGCUUUUUUUUGGAGAGAAACGCCACUGAAAAUUGCACCACAGACUGAAGAAACGACCCCCGGUGACGACUUCUGUGAAAUUAUUCAACGUAACGACUGCGCCACUGGCAUAACCAACAAACGCAGCCAAGCUAUCAAUCUGCUAGCCAGUUAGCAUCCCUGAAAACUGACGGGAUCAAGGUGUUGAAAGCUAGCCUCCCAGCUAAUUAUCCAUCAGCUAGCAUCUCUCUGUCGUAGCAUCAUUAGCUCGCUUUACCUCCUCGCGCACGUCGAGACUUCACCAUUACCAGUGGCGGUGCCUUUCUGUUGGUGAGCACCAAACCCCACGUUGAGACAAAAACAGACAACGGAUCUACCCAACUGGCGGCUGCUGGAGACAGCGUCUGCGUUGCAUUAGUUGACACCAUCACACCCAUCUCCCCAACCCCUUCACCUCUGCCCCUCUCCCUCCACCCGAAACACUGGAAAUCCACAAGCGGCCGGAUAGCGGCGACGGGCCGGCGAAGCUGGGGGUGGUAACGUUACCGGACUCACAGGGAGUCGUAGCGGCUACAGACAAGCUCAGCCGUGGGGAUCUACCGACAAGUAUGGACGGACUGGCCGUGGAAGUUCGCGGCUCGAAUGGGGCCUUCUACAAGGGUUACAUCAAAGAUGUCCACGAUGACUCACUCACAAUUGUAUUUGAAAACAACUGGCAGCCAGAGAGACAGUUGCCCUUCAGCGAUGUACGGUUGCCUCCUCCAGCUGACUACCACAAGGAAAUUGGUGAAGGGGAGGAGGUGGAGGUUUACUCUAGGGCCAAUGAACAGGAGCCAUGUGGCUGGUGGCUGGCCCGGGUCAGAAUGAUGAAGGGAGAGUUCUAUGUGAUUGAAUACGCAGCGUGUGACGCUACAUACAACGAGAUUGUCACAUCAGAGCGCAUCAGGCCACUCAAUCCCAACAGCCCUUCCUCUCGAAACUCCUUCCACAAGGUCCCAAUCCCUGUACCAGAAGACCUGAGGGAUAUCUGUGCAAAUGACAAUAUUCACAAAGACUUCAGGAAAGCUAUCGGAGCCAACUGCAUCUUCUAUAGUGCCCAAACACAAGAACUCAUUGUACUGUCAACAAACGAAACCACAGUAAAGCGUGCUGCUCUUCUGAGCGACAUGCAUUUCCGCAGCAUCCGUACCAAGCUUAUGUUAAUGUCCCGAAAUGAAGAAGCCACUAAACACUUGGAGACAAGUAAGCAGUUAGCGUCAGCAUACCAGGAGGAGGUGAGGGUCAGGGAGGACUUGAUGGGCCUCGCCAUCGGCUCCCAUGGUGCCAACAUUCAACAGGCAAGGAAGGUGCCUGGUGUCACAGCUAUUGAACUAGAGGAGGAAAGUUGCACUUUCAGGAUCUACGGAGAGACCCCAGAGGCAGUGAAACAGGCGAGAGAGUACCUUGAGUUCAAAGAAGACUACUUUCAGGUACCCAGGAACCUUGUAGGCAAAGUCAUCGGCAAGAACGGCAAAGUCAUCCAAGAGAUUGUGGACAAGUCGGGUGUGGUUCGUGUCAGGAUUGAGGGAGACAACGACAAAAAACUUCCCCGGGAGGAGGUAGGCAGGCAGGGGGCUGGCAGAGACGACACUGCCAGCAGCAAAGAGGGCAUGGUUCCCUUCGUGUUUGUGGGAACCAAAGAGAACAUUAGCAAUGCUCAGGCUCUGCUGGAGUACCACGUGUCCUAUCUCCAGGAAGUGGAGCAGCUGCGCCUAGAGCGUCUCCAGAUUGACGAACAGCUUCGCCAGAUUGGAGUGGGAUACCGUGCACCUACUAACCGAAGUGGAGGCCCAGGUGGUGACCGGGAGAAAGGCUAUUUGACAGACGAAAGCAGCAACUCACUCCACACCUCUCGCACCUAUGGAGGCCGAGGCAGAGGACGCAGGGCCUCCAACAGCCAGUACUCUGGAUAUGGCACAAACUCUGAACUGUCUAAUGCUUCUGAGUCGGAAGAUGUUAAUGAACGAGACCAGCGGCCACGUGGCAUAGGUGGAGAAGACAGAGGCUCCAGGCGGGGCGGCAGGGGCCGGGGCUCCAACUCCGGACGAGGCCGUGGAGGCCCAGGGUCCAAGCCCUCCAACUCAAUCAGCUCAGUGCUGAGGGACCCAGACAGUAAUCCGUACUCCCUGCUGGAAGGUGAGGGAGAGCUUGCUGACACAGAUAUGAAUGAAGGCAUGGGUGGAGACCGCCGCAGACGCUCUAGACGCCGCCGCAAUGACCAGGAGCCAAGUGUGAUGGACGCCGCUGCUGAGUCGGACAGCCAGGCUGGCCCCAGCGAGAAUGGACUGGAUGAAGAAGCUAGACCUCAACGUCGCAACCGAAGCCGCCGCCGCCGCAACCGUGGCAACCGCCCAGAGGGUGGUUCAGCCAGCCGUGACAGACAGCCAGGUGAGAGUGUGACUGUUGCUGACUACAUAUCCCGUGCUGAGUCCCAGAGCAGACAGAAUCUGCCUCAGAAGGAAAACCACGCUGGCCUGGAACCCAAGGAAAACGGGACAAGCUCCAAGAAGGAUGAGCGAACGCCCUCCAAGCGUUCCCCCAGCAAAGGCAUGAGCUCGGCCAGCGACACCCUGACCUUGGUCAACGGGGUUUCGUAAAGAUACGGCCCCGCCCCUCGCGAACCCAAGUCUAGAGCAAGACUCCAUGGCAAACUCUGUCCCUGCUUGCAUUAACUUAAACCUUAAACAGAUGAGUGAAAAGUACCUGACAAAAUACCUGAAUUCAUACUAUGAGUGAAAAAGUACAAAAAAACGACAAACGCAUCUACUUAAAACCACACGUUAACGGUGUAUGCUAUCCUAUCUAUCAGUACUUAGUGCUUAUUUAAAAAAACAACUAGCUUGCCAAAAAAGAGCUGGUGGAUAUGACUUGAUUUUUAAAAGAAAUACUGAAACACGAGAAACAGGACAAGACUUUUUUUUGUUUUUGAAACGGUUGUCUUUAUUUGUGUCUUUUUUUGUUAUGUUUAUUUUGUUCAUUGUUUAUCACUGGUUUGGACUUGGCGGUCGCUCUCUCAACCAAAACAGACACGUCUCUUAACAGUGUUAAAUUACAGACAAGAGAGAUGUAAACUGUAGGGAGUGGCGUACGAGCAGACAGUCCAAUAGCUUAUGUGACGCGAUGUUCGCACACUGAACCUGGGAGUGGAGUCGGAUUGGAAUAUUGAUAGACAUUGUGCCUUGAAUUUGAAAAAAAAAAAAAAAAAAAGAUUAAAAAACACAAAUUUCUCCAUUAAGUUUGCUUUUGUUUCCCGAGAGGAAGAAAAGAGGGAGAGGUGUUCUUCCAGGUUUUUGGUUUCGUUUUAUGGAGAGAACAGAUCUGUAAAGGAGUGAUGAUUAAACAGAGAGGAUACAGGAAAGGAGGGAGUGGCUGGCCAAGGUGAGGAAAAAGAGGUCUGGUGCCAAACAUGAAAUUCAAGGCGCUUUGGGGUCAGUGCGUGUAUGUGCGUGCGCGCGUAUGUGUGUGUUUGUGUGUGAGAUUUGGCAACCACAAAACUAAAAUGGGAGGGGUGAGGUGACAACGCAUAACGAAGCGCUGAGACUGUCACAUGGUGAGGCAUCUCUAUUUAUCAACAGGCCUGAGAGGUGGCUGAUGCGUCACUUCCUCCUCUCGCCUGUUAUAGGGUUUUGGAGGGUCCAGGGUACCCGUGGCACCCGCACAGCCUUGUAAACAGGACAGGCUGAAACCAGACAGAAGGCAGACUUGGACUAUAGAUUUAGAGUUAAAGAGAACUAUACCGUGCCUCUUUCUGUGUCGGAGGAGGCAGCGGUGCUAGCUUCCAGCCACACGAGUGUCUUGAUAAACCACUGCAGCGCGCAGCUCCGGAUGCACACGAGGGCGACCACCUUUCUGGGACAGGUGCUGCUAGGUGGGGAGGGCCUGGAGACUGCGGACUGUGAGAAUGGGACAGCUUAAAAUGAGACGAGAGCCAUACGCACAUGACACACAGGCCCACACUUACAGGUACACACACAAGGCAUACACACCAGGUGUGAAAACGCGUGGUCGCCCGUGUGGCACAAAGUAGAGGACUGCAACUUUAAACAAGCGAGGUGGCUGUCUUGUACCUGGCAGUUUGGGUCGACAAAUGGAGUAAGAGAGGGACUCGAAACCUCAGUGGCUCUCUGCUCAUGUUGUUACUGUUGUCUUGGUUACCGCUCUCAAGUUUUUUUUGUUGCUAUUUCCACAUCUUAGAAAAUAUUAAAUAAAAAAUUGAAGUGAAAUCAACCUCUUCUCUGGAGAUGAACUUUGAUUUUUCUGUCUUGUGAGUUUGCAGUCUAUUUUUCUAACUUGCAUGGCAUUAGUUAAUGAGUAGUAGGUGGUGCCUGUCCUGUGCAUGAGGAAAGGGUGUUAUUAAUCUGACUUACAAAGCCAUUGUUCCAUUCACUAGAACUGCUGCUAAUGUACACACUGAAUGUCCAACUAACUUAGAACCUUGACGAGAGAAAAACUUUAUUUGACUAAAAUUUCCCUCCCUUCGCUCAUCUGCCCAGAACAUCCCAGUUUCUAUCGGACACAAGUCAGGAACGGGCCCAUUCCUUCACUCAAAGUAUUAAACUACGGGCAACAUAGUGCAUGACAAACAAGCGUCCACAUGACCAAAGGUUUUGAGAGACAGAUGACUGGGAGUGUGGUUGAAUGAAGAUGACCCAGAUGCUGCUGUUCUACAUUUCUGCUCACCUGUAUGUUGUGUUUUUAAAGUAUGAAAGAGCACUUGAGUAUUUGUACCUUGGUUCAGUUGCAUGUGUGUGAAUGGAGGAUGAAGCCCUGCCUAGUAUGUUUGUGUUUACCUUUAUACCUCAUUGUGUGAGUACUGUAUUCCCUUAUCUAUCUGUAUCCCUCAUGUCCUGUUGAAAGACUACGAGUGUGUGUGUGUUUGUGUGUGUGUGUCUGUGUGGGUGCUGGUUGUACAGUCGACUCCUCACUGUCAGAUUUUGUCUCUGGUUUUCUCACCCAUGUUCUGAUGGCAAUAAAGGACUUUUCAUUGUUUGGUAUA